AUGCACGGUGUUUAUUCCGGCACUUGGUACCCAUCUAUCGACAUUGUCUUACAGAACAAGGCCUUGAGAAUCACUCUCGGUUGCCCAAUGACUGCUAAAGUUCUUGUCACGAGGAAAGAGCUAGACUUCCCCUCAAUUCACACUCCCUCGUCAGCGUUGCCUGCCUCUUCCCCCAACCGCAGGCGGACCAUCUACGUGGUGACGGCGACCUACCCGCGCCUCAACCAGAUGCCAGAGAUGACCCGGCUGGCCCAGACCUUGAUGUUGGUGCCAGACGUGUACUGGAUCGUGGUUGAUGACGCCUACGUGGAGAACGAGAGACUCAAGGAGUACCUUCGCUUCACGGGCCUUCCGUUCACGUACAUGAUAGCGCCCAUGCCCCGCGCGGCCAGGAACCGGGAAAAUCUGCCCACGGGCGUUGCCAACCGCCGCGCCGCCCUCGCCUGGAUCCGCAAGAACGCCGAGACGGGCGUGAUCUACAUCGCCGACGACGAUAAUGUUUACGACAUAAGGCUGUUCGAAGAGAUUCGCUCAACUAAAAACGUGUCAUUAUUCCCCGUCGCUUUUUUGAUUCCAUCUCAGCUGACGACGCCCGUGCUGAAGGAUGGGCGGUUCAGGGAUUGGUACGACGGUUGGAAGGCCACCAGAAAGUACCCUGUCGAUAUGGCAGGGUUAGCCAUCUCCGUGGAACUGCUUUUGAAACGCCCUCACGCCAACAUGCACUGGUCGUACGGCUACCAGGAAGAAAGCCUCCUCGCCAGCAUGGGAGUGGCGCCUGACGACCUCGAGUUCAAGGCCGAGAACUGCACCAAGAUAUGGGCGUUUCACACGAAAUCAAAGGCGCCUAAACCCGCGUCCAGGGAUCUGUGCGACGCUCGCUUCGACGACACUAAUCUGCGAUUCCUGGAGAGCCAGAUGGGGCUCUCGUGCAACUGA